AUGAGAUGCCAACAGAUUCUCGACACUCUGGGGAAGAUGCGCCGAAUCAGAAAGGGCGAAUAUACACUGAAGACUCACAAUGUUACGUUCGACGAGGAUGUUACGAAGUUGCUUGACAUGCUUGGUGUUAAAGUGUUCCAUGGCUGCGUCGCCGGGCCGCGGUACAAAAACAUCGAAUCUUUCAGCUUUGAAGAUCUACGGUAUCACGUCAUGCUCUAUGAAAGAGGGCAGCGCAUGGAAGGAGUGCGUUUCGAGGAAGCUGACGCCAAUGCUGCGGAGACAUUCCUCAAGAAGUACCCAUCAAAGCUCACAGAGAAGGGGUUGCAGUUGCUUAGGGACGAAUUCUGCAACAAAGAAUUCGAAUACCACGGAGUAUACCAUAACAAUCGGUUCCUUACACUGACGUCCAACGACGACACGUUGUUCACGCUUAUGGCCGACGUCGUAUACGAACCUCACGGUUGCAUAUGGGAGGAGCUUGAGAGACCAGCUUACGUGGACGAAAGAUUUAAACCAUACAAGAUCGACCAGAGCCAAAUAAAACAGCCAACGCCAUUGUCUACACCUCGUAUGAGCCAUGACGCUACCGCCAACAUCACCACGCGCCCGUUACAACCAAAAGUACCCAUUGUCGCUGUACUCAAGAACCAGGCUCGUCUGUGUCCCAAAACGCACGAGGGAAAUUGUAGCGUGAGCUGCAUGAAUAAAACUAAGCAAGAUGCGAUUAAUGCCAACGAAGCCGGGCUUCCCGACGACGCUGCUGCGCGUCAAAAUAUGACGGCAGGGUCUGAUAAAGCGGCAAAUUCCGCAGCCUCAAAAGAGGGUGCUGUCCCUGAAAUGCAGCAGCAUUCUAUUGAACAGAACCAGGGUGACGCCGAAAAGGGCGGCGAAACCGUUGCGGAUACCAGAGAAAGGCGCAACCAAACUAGAUGUGGCUGUCUAGGGAUUAGUCUACUUAAAAUUCUCCGGGGCAAGCGAAAUUCGAUGAAUCCGUCGUAG